AAUAACUUCCCCACUUUCUCUCUCUCUCUCUCUCUCUCUAAAAAUGGAUAAAAGUAAAACGUUUGGAGAACAAGGGAGGUUUAAUCCUGCGUUUAAACCACCUGAAACGCCAUUAGACUCUAUGGAAUUUUUAUCACGCACGUGGAGUGCUUCCGCAACUGAAGUUUCCCGAGCCGUCGUCGCUUCUCCGACUUCUCAACCGCCACAAAUGCGUUUCUCCGAGAUCCAAGGCGUUUCUGACGUCUCUUUGGUGCCGGAAGAUGAAGAGAACGGCAUCGUUUCUGGAAACACGUUCUCUUUCGCUUCCUCUGAGACUUCUUUGAUGGUCAUUGAACGUAUCAUGGCUCAGUCUCCGGAGAUUUCUUCACCACGGACCUCGGGGAGACUUUCACAUAGCUCUUUCACUGACAGUCCUCCCAUAUCUCCCUCGGACAUUAACGACUUUAAGCAAUUCUAUCGUGUGAGCCCAUCCUUUAAUGGGCACGUACGUGGUCCAUCGGCCGUCUCUGGUGUGGCUGGAGGAUCAAAAACUGUCGGCCGGUGGUUGAAGGACCGGAGGGAAAAGAAAAGAGAAGAGACGCGUGCACAAAACGCACAGCUCCACGCGGCUGUAUCUGUAGCUGGCGUGGCCGCCGCUGUAGCUGCUAUCGCUGUAGCGACCGCCUCUCAGUCGAGUUCCGGAAGUGACGAGCAAGUUGCUAAAACUGACUCCGCCGUGGCUUCAGCCGCUACUUUGGUGGCGGCACAGUGUGUGGAAGCCGCAGAGAUUAUGGGAGCUGAUCGCGAGCACUUAGCUUCGGUUGUUAGUUCUGCGGUUAACGUUCGUUCUGCCGGAGAUAUUAUGACGUUGACCGCCGCGGCGGCCACAGCGUUGAGAGGAGCUGCGACGUUGAAAGCGAGGGCACUGAAAGAAGUGUGGAACAUUGCAGCGGUGAUUCCGGUGGAUAAGGGAAUACCAAAAGGCGGUGCAGGCGGUGGUUACCGAAGCGAUUUAGCUCCUGAAGAUAACUUUCUUGGGAUUUGUAGUAGAGAAUUGCUGGCUAAAGGUUGCGAGUUGCUUAAACGUACCCGCAAAGGCGAUCUUCAUUGGAAAGUUGUUUCGGUCUACAUUAAUAGAACAAAGCAGGUAACGUUGAAGAUGAAGAGCAAACAUGUCGCUGGGACCCUUACAAAGAAGAAAAAGAAUGUCGUGGUGGAAUUGGUCAAGGGAUUACCGGCAUGGCCUGGCCGCGAACUGCUUGAUGAUGGAGAGGAUUUGAGGUACUUCGGGCUAAAGACGGUGGAGAAAAGAGUGAUUGAAUUCGAGUGCAAAAGCCAAAGGGAGUAUGAUCUUUGGACACAAGGUGUUUCCAUGCUUCUCUCCGUUGCUUCUGAUAGAAGGCAUAAAUGUUGAAAAUUAAGGUAGAUUUGAAGUCAGUAUGAAAAUGAAAAAGAAUGGGGCAGAUUGGUGUUCUCUCUAUUUCUUGGGGGUGUUUCUUUUUCUUUCUAAAAUAGGAUUAAACCGUCUAAAUUUAAGGUAAGAACCUUUUUUGAACAAAUUUAAGGUAAGAACCUUUGUUUAAAAGAUAAUGUAAAUUACGUAAUUUUCUCGAUUCGUAA